CAAAUCCCUUGGGAUUUGUAUUACUUUUAUUACUCGUUAUUGCAUGAAAGAGUCAAACGCCCGUCACAUUUUUGUUACGCUUUUUUCCUCCUAUAACGCGAAACCUGUUGGAACGAUAUCGAAAUAUGAUUUUACAGAUCUAGCACAACAAUAUUCUCGUACCCAGAAUGAAGAAAAGCGGAAUCUCAGUCUUGGUGGCCAUGUUGGGUUUGACAGUCUUCCUGACCAGCUGGUCAGUAAAUCAGUAUCACAGGGUUUCUGUUUCAAUAUACUCUGUGUAGGUGAAACUGGUGUCGGCAAGUCCACGUUAAUGAACACCCUUUUUAACACAACAUUUGAAAAUGAAGAAGCCAGCCAUUAUCAAAACGGGGUGUACCUUCGCCCGAGGACGUACGAUUUGCAGGAGAGCAACGUCCACUUGAAGCUGACCAUUGUAGACACAGUGGGCUUUGGAGAUCAGAUCAACAAAGAGCAGAGCUACAAGCCCAUAGUCGACUACAUUGACACACAGUUUGAAAACUACCUACAAGAAGAAUUGAAGAUCAAGCGUGCCCUCUUUAACUGCCAUGACACAAGAAUUCACAUCUGCCUUUACUUCAUCGCUCCAACAGGACAUUCCCUCAAAUCCUUGGACUUAGUUACCAUGAAAAAGCUUGAUAGCAAGGUGAAUGUCAUCCCAAUUAUUGCUAAGGCAGAUACUAUUUCUAAGAGCGAGCUGCACAAGUUUAAGAUCAAGAUAAUGAGUGAGCUUGUUAGCAAUGGAGUUCAGAUCUAUCAGUUUCCAACUGAUGACGAGGCCGUCACAGAGAUCAAUGCUUCAAUGAAUGCCCAUCUUCCCUUUGCUGUUGUUGGAAGCACAGAAGAAGUGAAAGUGGGCAAUAAACUGGUUCGAGCCAGACAGUACCCUUGGGGUGUGGUUCAGGUGGAGAACGAGAGUCACUGUGACUUCGUGAAACUGAGGGAGAUGCUGAUCCGGGUCAAUAUGGAGGAUCUCCGAGAACAGACGCACGCUCGCCACUACGAGUUGUACAGGCGCUGCAAACUGGAGGAGAUGGGCUUCAAAGACACAGAUCCUGACAGUCAACCAUUCAGUCUACAGGAAACGUAUGAGGCCAAGAGGAAGGAGUUCAUGGGAGAUCUGCAGCACAAGGAGGAGGAGAUGAGGCAGAUGUUUGUCAACAAGGUCAAAGAAACGGAGGCCGAGCUGAAGGAAAAGGAGAGAGAGCUGCAUGAUAAGUUUGAGCAGCUCAAGAGGAUGCACCAAGAGGAGAAGAGGAAGGUGGAGGAGAAGAGGCGAGACCUGGAGGAAGAGAUGAAUGCCUUCAACAGACGGAAGGUGGCGGCAGAAACACUCCAGGCGCAGUCUCUACAGGCUGCAUCGCAGCAGCCGCUGAAAAAAGACAAAGACAAGAAAAAUUAAUUAAUGAUUCAGGGAAGCAGGAAAGGAUUGUUCUUCCAUCACCAUGAAUUCUGUUUUUUGCAAUUCCUUCAUGAAUGACAUUUUGUAAGUGGACCAAAGAAAAACCAUUGAAGAGGGUGGGAUUGUUUUAUGAAGGCUGUCCAUGUAACACAUUUUAAUAAAUGCGGUUGCUUGUUUUAUUUAAUUACUAACAGGGACAUAUAGUUUCACGAGAGAGCCACAGCCCCUUUACUUGCUGUAGCUGAAUCCUGAGUCUCUGUCAUCAUUGUGGCCGAUGAUUGAUUAUAAAAGACUUGUGAGUUGUGCAUAUUUUGUCCGCUGUUAGGGUUUUACAUGAAUCUGUAUAAUUUCCUUUUGUAUAAAAGUAGUGAUACUUGCAUUCAAUUUGUUCAAAUUGGGUUUUUAAUUUUUUGAGGAGGGUCUACGUUAAGGUGUUUUCACUGUGCGUUCAGUUCUAGUUGCCAGUCAAAUACACACUGUGUAUUUCCAACAGAAACUAAAGAGCAGUUCCUGAGUAAUUGCAAUAAUUAAUAAUUAAAUUGAGCUAAUGAAGACCUGAAUAAUUUAAAUACAUUUUACUGCCACAAUAGAUACUCAUGUUUCUUGAAAUAAUAAAACAUCUAUAUUCUUUAUGCAAUCCAGGUCUAAGUGCAUAUAAUAUGAUAGCAUAGUUAAAUGUUUUAAGUUGAAUAUACAGCCAAACUAAAUAACACAAUGCUGUACAAAAAGUAUUUUUUCUUCUGAUGUACAUGACAAGUUGUACACAAUACAUGGCAGUGAGUGUUUCCAAAGUCACAUUAUAUACACCUCACACUGGCAUGCUGUACUUUAUAGGGUUCUGAGACUGUAGGAAUGGCCUGCUUCCUAAUUACAGUAAGCUUUGUUUUUAUUGACUUUAACUAAAGGAAAAUGAAAGUAUUAUGUAACCAUACCGGUUUGCCUUGAUGACAGAAAUGUUUUUUAAAACUAUUUUGACUAGUCUUCCACAACUGUCACAGCAUUUUUACUUUUGCAGUCGUCGAUGCUAUUAUAGAACACAAUGCUCAGGUAUUCCGAUUACCGCUGGGGUUGGUUUCUGAAAAUAGUUUUAUUCAGUUAGUCAAAAAAGGAAGUUCCCCUUGAAGUGUUAUCAGUAAAGGAAAAACCACCAGUACAAAACUGCUAGGAUCCCUCUUUUUUUUAUUAUUAUUAUUUUUUUGUAGUAGUUUUUAUCUGGCACAGGAGGACUGACAAACUCUGGAAUCAUCCAGCAAAACUACAAUAUAUCUUCCUUAAGUGCACUUCAGUUUAAAGAAUGCGAUUGUAUAUCAUCCUAGUAGUGUUCACAUCUUUUUGUUGUUAUAUUUUAAAUUGUAUUAAUAGGAGUUAUUGAUCACAAGUGCGGCAUUAUUUAUCCGUGAAUAAUUAACAUAUCGUAUUGAUUAAGUUAACCUAGCUUUUUGUGUUUUAGGUAAACCAUCCCUAUUAAGAGGGUGAGUAAAGACAAAAACAAUAAAGCUGAAUGCAUUGUCUUUAAACUCCUGAAGUUUUUAAAAUCUUAAUCUUGGUCUUUAUCAAACUCUCAAGUACUGUAUGUCUUUUCUUUUAUAUUCAAUCAUUCCUAAUAUAUAUCUUGGAUUUCCAGUCCUGUCUAAAAUCUUACAGAUUCAAAUAUUGUUGCAACAUCAUCCCUUACAUUUGCAAGUGUGUAGUCUGUGCUCGUUCUCAAGGGAAGGCACAAUUGACCUGUUUGUAUGUAAUGUUUGUGCUGGCAUGCAGUUAAGUACUCUUGGUCAUCACAACUAAAAAUAAUAUUUGUUUCUACAGAUGAGGGACUAGAGUGAGUGGGUGGGGUUAGGUGGAUAUUGUUGCACAGCUUCCAUUUCAUUUUAAUACAUUUGCUUUCAUAAUAUUAUAUUGUGUACAAUAUUCUAUUGGAUAUACGGAGGGUGGGGGGUGAGGAUGGGGUUAUAUUUUAAUGUCCACUUUUUAAAAGUUCUUGCAAUUUGUUUUUUGUCAUUGAAACCCAUCAUCUGUGAAAAGGCAUAAUCAUGUCCUUCAUAGCCAUUCAUUUACUUUAAUGUUCACAAAGUAAGAAUAUAAGUUUUUUUUAGCAGUAUGAUACAGUGAGUGUUAGUUUUAUAUGCCUUUUUAAUGUGUAUACAUCAUAUUGUGCAUGUUGUGGUCAUUUCAUGAAUAGUUAUUGUGUACCAUUUUAUUGUUUUAAAUCAUCUCCAUGUACCAAUUUUGAUAUUAAAGCAAUACAUUCAUGGGUGUUUUGUGACAUUUUAACAUCUUUACACAGAUUCCUGGUAAAGGUUCAUCAUCGUGAGAAGUUCAGUCACUGUACAAUACCACCAAUUGGAAUAAAUCAUUCAUGUGAUUUGUUAUCGCUUCGUCCAUCUUCACUGCUGUUUGCUUUUCGAUGCAGUGUUAGUAAUGUGUGUGUGUGUGUGUGUGUGUGUGUGUGUGUGGGUUGGAAGUUUGCGACUGACCAAAUUGAAUUUAUUUUUUAUACAAUUUGUACUGCGGGUUUUCCUUUGCAAUGUGAAGAACAACACGAUUCAUGCAUUGUUCAUUAGAUAAUGCUGACACUGUUUAAAAACCUGGCUCCAGAUUACAGACCAUUGCAGUGACUGGUUGCUUUUUAAUCAAAAAUUAUAACACAAUAUACCCCUAACCCACAGGAUUUCAUUUACAGAAUGCAUCUAAUCUGUUUGCACUACCUAAGUUCAAGGCCUUUUACCUUUGAUAAAAGCAAAUGCUGUAAUACGACACUGUGGAAUUUGCAGGUUGUUAUUAUAAAAGCAGCGAGACUGUCAGUUCAGCUUCAGUCUUUGCUAGGCUAGUUCUUUCCAGUGUGUGUUUGCAUAUGUUGGCUAUUGCCUGUCUAUUCCUAUCAGCUCAACGCUGAUCCACUAUAUUAAUCAAAGGCUAGUUUUACAAUUCAGGAGCAGUGUAUUUAAACUUUCCAAUUCUCUUGUUUUCACACUCCCAAAAUCUUUCCCACAAGUAUCGCUUAAGAGGUGCGUGAUUAUUUGCCGAGCCUGGACGGUAAAUCUAACAGAUACUAAACAUAUGCAAUUACACCAAUGGAUUCCAUGAUCUCAUAUUAGUUCAACUAGCUCACUUUGGCAAGGUGUGCUUGGUCCUUAUUAUCUGUUUAAAGAGAAUGUAUUGAAAUGUGUUACCAUUAUUUCCUAAAUAUUAUUUCCUUGAAUGCUGUAACCUUCAGCCAUAUUCAACAGCCACAUAACUUGCUUUGAAGGGUUGUGAGCGAUAUUAAAAAAUGAUGGCUUCCUUUACUAUACAAAAGAAUAUGAGAAGGUGCUUUUCUUUUACAGUCAUGAGGUUCACAACCAAAAUGUUUUGAUCCCGAUCACCACUGUUUUGUUUUUAUCAAACUUUUUUUUUACAUUUUUGUAGGUACCCACUAACAUGUUUCUUUACAGCUAGAAAAUUAAUUUACAAAAGCCUUUUUGUCAGAUGAUGGGUUUGUGCAUAUUAUGUACCAUGUAACAUACCAUUUUUGCCACCUAAGCCUUUCAUUUGGUUAACCAUUAAAUACACUUGCUUAUCCCCAUUUUCUAGUCUCAUUUGCAAAUUGCUAGUUGCCAAAACCCCAUGCUGCCUUUAUAAACAUUAUCAUAACAAUGAAUCUUUCUAAAUUGCAAGUCGUCAAAUGAAGUAUGACACUUCAGAAAGCACGGAAAAUCACUAUCUGUAAAGUGCUUGAUUGUACUGUAAUUAUUAGUGUUAAAUGAGGCAUUUCAACUUCAUUCUGCUAUUUUGUAGCCUGCAAUGAGAUUGCAUUGACAGCAGCUUUUCACAUCAUAUCUUGCCUGCAGUUAGAUACAGUAUGCAUGCAAUUCUUAAUGUAUCCUUCAAAAGAUGCUUUUGAAGUAUCCCAUUCCUCAGGUUUAAUAUAUAUAUAUAUAUAUAUAUAUAUAUAUAUAUAUAUAUAUAUAUAUAUAUAUAUAUAUAUAUAUAUAUAUAUAAUGUGCAUACAUACACACAGAGGCGAUUCAUAAAUAAGGCACCACAUUAAAAUAAAAACUAUUAUGGAACAUGUUCAAAUUGAGCAAUAAUCCACAUCCAUUCUGUGUUCCUGUCCACCAGAACUGUCUACUUGUAAACCUGAAACUCAAAAGACAUGUUCUGUUCCAGCGUUUUGCUUCUUAGAUUAUUUUGUAUAUGAACUGCCCUGUACGUCAGCAUGCGUUUAAUCACUAAGUACUACCUACACCAUGGAUACCUAUAGUUUAGCGCUGAACAAGCUGUAACCACUGUCUUAGUUAUUGACUUGCUGUUUUGUUUUUUCUGUAGCUUCUUUAGUCUUCCAAGUGCGUGCUCCUUAACAUCAGGAAGACAUUUUAAUUAGAAGAUUU